AUGUUUUCUGAUGAUAUAUUAUGGUGAUCUAACAUUUAGGGGGCUGAGUCAAAAUAGUUGUGUGUUCAAGGCUCAAGGCCAAUCCUGACUACAUGUCUUUUUUGCCAAAACUGGCCUUAAACCCAUUAUAAUAGCCCAAGGAUGACCUUGACCUUCUGAUAUUCCUGCCCUCCCUCCCAGGUGCUGGGAUUCUGGGUAUGGGCCACCUUAUCCAUUUUAUGCCAAGUAUCAAACCCAGAGCUUCAUGCAUGCUUAGCAGACACUCCAACUGAGGUAUAGCCCCAUGUCUUGUGUGCCACUUUUUGUAUUGUGUAAUUUUCUUAUUAUAUUGGAAUCUUCACUGUUGGUUGCCUAAAAUUCCUUGUCUAACUGAGUUGUGCCUUGCCUAAAUUAUUUCCCUAGGUUGUCUCCUAAUUCUAGCUGUAAUAAAUAACCCUGUGUUAGAUAUCAUGCAUGAAAACCUUUUUUGCAUUUUGUCUUAAGACAUAUUUCAUGAAAUAGAAUUCAUUAGUCCCAGCAGAAAUGAGCACACAAAGGUCUUAAUGCAUGGUAGUGUACACUUUUAAUCCCAAUAGGCAGAGGCAAAUAAAUCUCUGUGAGUACCAGACCAGCCAGGACCACAUAGUAAGAACCUAUCUCAAAAACAGAAAGAUCCAUACCAGUUACAAGAACACCAGCAGAAGCUAAGAAUGCACGCAUCGUGGCUACUGAGUUAUUAAUCAACAUUGGCAUUGAGUUAUUAACAUCUUUGCUGCUUGAAGCUCAAUGUGGUGGUGUCUUCUGAUAGAUAGCCCCAGCUAUUCAGGUGAAGGCCAGUCUGGGCAAUGUAAUUAGUCCUUGUCUCAGAAAGAAAGAAAAAGAAAGGGAAAAAAUUCAGCCAGGUGUUGUAGCAUUUGAUUGUAAUGCACUUGGGAGGUGGAAGCAGCAGAAUCAGAAGUACAGCAAAGUGUCUUUGACUACUCAGAGUUUGAGGACAGCCCAGACCAUGUGAUACCUUGUUCUUACAAAAAGAAAAGGACAGGACAGAGCCCCAAAUGAAGUAAUGUUAUGUUGUUGUUUUGGUAGUCUUAUAACUAUUACAGAUGUAAUCGAUCUUACGUUACUUCUUUUCCCACAACAUGAGAGAGUUAAACUUUUUUGAGAAAUCAAUAUCAAACAAGACUAUAAAUUUAAAUUAUAUCUAAAUAUUUCUAACAUAAAUUACCCUCGCUUCAGUUCUCUCUUCUUGGCUGCCAGACUCCUGGUUUGUGUUAUGAAUAAAUGUGAUGUGUAAUUAAUUGGUCAAGACAUUUUAAAAUUCCAUUCUUCAUUUAGUAUAUUGUUCCUCCUUUUCUCGUUGAGAUAACUGCUCAAAUGAGAAGGCUGUGUGAGGUAGCUCUUCUUAGAGCACAGACUGUAGACAGGAUAAUAUAUGUGGUUUGGGUUCCUGGAGAUUUGGAAUGCUUCCAGGUAUUCCAAAAAGUGCUCCACUUACCUAAAGAGAUAUCAGGAAUGGUAGUUAUAAAUGUGUGAGCUAACACUGAGCUCUUAAGCAGUGGAAAACAUUAACAACUUGCAUUUGUAUAGUGUCUCUCUCUCUCUCUCUCUCUCUCUCUCUCUCUCUCUCUGUUUAAGUCCAUUUAUGGGGGUGUGGCAUGCCACAGCACGUGUGUGGAGAUCACAGGAAAACUUUUGGGAGUCAGUUCUCUCCUUCCACCUUGUUUCCCAGCAUUCAACUUAGUGAAAGAUGCCUUUAUCCACUGUUCCAUACCAGCUGUAUAGUUUCUAUUUCAACUGACUGUAUCAAAGCACUUUAUAAACAAGUGGUAUCCCUGGUCUGUGCUACUAUAGAAACUGAGGCAUGUGAUUGACAGGCCAAGAUUGCAGAAUGAAUUUUUGAAAGCUCUAGAAACUGCAGAUCAUUUUUAUCCACAUGCCAGCUAUGGCAUUGCUGUGACAGUCAGUCAGGCUUCUCUGCUGUUGUUCCUUUCCUGCCUGAAGGGGCAAUCCGGGUUCUCUGUUCACCCUGUAGUCUUUUAGAGGCUUCUAGUAAGCCAAAGAACCUAGAGGAGAUAGACUGUACUUGUUGACCUUGGGCAGAGAAUGGAUGGGGAGUGCAUGGUUAACCCUCCUCAGGUUUUUCUGUCAUGGCCACCUGGGGUAGGAUGUGUGUCAGGAUCAGCACAUAUUUCAGUGUUUUGCCAUUCCUACAGCCUCUGUUCUUAGAAUAUCCUUUAAGUGAAGAGCUGGAUUGUGCUCUGGAUUUACAUAGCCAGAUUUUUAAGGCAAGGCCUUGGAUAACUUUUCUGGGCUGAGGAGAAAUCCCAGACUAGGGGUGAGAGCUAAUGCCAGACAUGGCAGCUAAUGCCAGAAGAGACCUCCAAGAUCUGGAGAAAGGGAGACUGAGGGGAACUUUGAAAGCAGCCUGACCAGAUGGUCAAGACUCAACAGGCUUCAUGUGCAGUGAGGCAGCAGAUCUAAAAGAACUUGAAAUUUUUCUUAAAAUAAUGAAAUGGCUAAUUUGAGGGAAAUGUAUCUCCAAGAAAUGGCAUUGGCAUCUUUAACAAAAUUGAAGGGAAAAAGAAUAGACUGCUACCGAGGGCCAGUUAGGAAGGAUCUGUGAACAGCCAAGAUGCUCCCAGAGGCAGAAGCUUUGUGAGCUUGAACAACCUGCUCCAGUGUGUUGAUUUGGGUAGCACUGUUGUUAAGUGUGUCCUUGUUUUGGUGAGUGGCCAUAAUGGACAUAGUGGUGCUUGUCAUUUUGUGUCCUAAGAGAUGUGUUCUGAACUGGUAAUAAUAAUAAUGAGGUCACUAAACUUAUUUGUAGUUUGUGGUUUGAGCUUCGUGAGAACUUUAGUGUGAGGCUUUUUAAGUAUCAGAAAAUUGAAAAAGAGACACGGGUGUAAUUUUGAUCCCUAACUGCCUCAUACUCCUUUAAGGAAAGCAGCUUUUUGACUUUAAAAUAACGAUUUAGUCAUGGCAAGGAGGUUAUGGUUAGUAUAGUUUGAUCCACAGAUUAUUUACAAAUGUGUUGCUUUCUAGGUGUCCCAUUUCCUAGGCUAAGAAUAUGGUAAGGGCGGUGAAGCGGCUUAGCACACUUAGCUCUUUAACAAUAUUGUUUCAAGGGAGGUGGUAGGGCACACCUUUAAUCCUGGCACUCAGGAAGCAGAGGCAGGUGGAUCAUCUACUUACUCUAGAGUAAGUUUUAUUUAGUUUUUUAUAAUGAUUGUUUCUAUUUUUUCUCACCUCAGUAUGUAAAUAUUCCUUUAGAGAUGGUCUCGUAUCUACCCUCUGACUUAAACCCCAGACUUGGGUUGGGGAUUUAACUCAGUGGUGGAAUGUUUGCCUAGCAAGCCUAAGUCCCUUGGGUUCAGUCUCCAGCUAAAAAUCAAAACAAACCUGGAGACUUGAAUUUAGCUACUUUGUCGUUAGUUUUUUUUUUUUUUGUCAUCAAAUGAUUUGCUCCAUGUUAGUCAUUUUUCAUUAUUGUAACUAUAUACCCAAGCAAAUGAACUUAAAAGGAGAAAGAUGUGUUUUAAUUCACCAUACUAGAAGUUUCAGCUAUGCUCAGCUGGUUCCUUGGCUAUGGACCUUUGUUAAGGAGAAUGUCUUGUCAAUUGGAACCUGUGGCGAUAGAUAAACAAGAAAGGGCCUAUAUAGUCUCCUAAUGCAUACUAUGAUCCAUGUCCUCCAACUAGGCCAAACCCACUAAAGUUUCCGCUACUUCCUAAUAAGUCCAUCAGAUUAUGAGCUCAUUGGAUUAAUCCAAUGAUGAGAUCAGAGCCCUCAAACUGUUGAAACUUUUAUAUAGUUACUUUUGUUUCCACUAAUGGCUUAGUAGAAGACAUUUACAACUGAAUAGUGUUCACACAGUUACAGGAUUGGCAUCUCUGCUUUCACUGUGCUCAACACGUGGACAUUUGUCUUCUCAGGCCUGUGCUCCUUGAGCCCCCCUGGGUUUGGUUUGUUUUUGUUUUUUGUUUGUUUUUUUUUUUUGGUUUUUUUUUUCCAGAUUCUGUUGUUAAGGACUGCUUUCUUUUGGUCUGGGAGGUGGCAGAGCCUGAUGGGGUGUAGGAUUUAGGUUAGGAUCAGAGUUUGAAGAGUCUGAGAAUUUUGAAUAGCCUUUAGUGAGUAAAACAACGAGUGUUUCCUGUAAUGCUUGACACAUGGCAAGACCUAGAAAAAUAGAAGUUGGUUAGUAUUACAAAGGAAUUUGAAGAAAGUGUCCUAAUGGGGUGGAGUAGCUUGGAAUUAAAAUUAAAUCAGGUCUUAGAUGUUGUAUCCUCUAUUGCUACUGUUUUGUUCUAUUUGGAAGUCUAUAAACCUAAUACUGACUUCUGGCCCAUUUAUUUUCUCCCAAUAUUCAUGCAUAAAUACACAAAUAUUUUUGUCCCAAUCACCAUUCCUUUGCAAAACUAAUUAAAUGUAUCCUUAAGUAAUGUCUCUGGUGAUCACUCACAUCACCACAACUAGGUCCAAAUACCUUUAUCCUUAUCUAAUUUUUUCUGAUCCUUGGAAGCAAAGACAGACUGCAGGGGUUGAUGCGGGACCUCCAGAAUGGAGAUUGCACAGAAUAAUCUUAUUUUUCCUCUAUUCUUCUAGUCUGUUAUGUUCUGAACCCACACAUGUUUUCGGAAGGACCAGAUGGCUGACACUGGCUAAUGGGAACCAAAAGACAAGAGUGAAAGUAACCCGGUUGUCUCAUGCCCCAGCUUAGAGUGCUUCACCCUACCCCAAGACCAAUGUCCUUUUUCUCUGGAGACUUCACCCUGCUGUACCAAAAAACUGCUACCACCUGGCUUAUCUGAGACCAGGAAUCCACACUAGCUCUAAUCAGAGAGCUCUUGGUGUGCGGGAACUGCCAGUUUGCCGACGUGAAAGAGCCCCAGGCUGGGUAAUGGUGAGCCCUGAAGUCGCACCCCAGCUCUGCCACUGAGUGAGCACGGCAACAUCCCUAAUCCUGACCAGCCAUGGAGAGGUUCGGUUCUUACAAGGAAAAUGAGUGAAUGUGGGAAUGGCUCACCACAUUGGGAAAGCAAAACUCACAUCCUGCUGAUGUUGGCUGAGGACUGUCAUGUCCACAUACAAAGAAAAGCAUGUGGCACAGUUUUAGGACAAAGGUAUGGUUUUGUGGAGUUUGAUGAUCUGCGUGAUGCAGAUGAUGCUGUUUAUGAGCUGAAUGGCAAAGACCUCUGUGGUGAACGAGUCAUUGUUGAGCAUGCCAGAGGCCCACGCCGGGAUGGCAGUUACGGUUCUGGACGCAGUGGAUAUGGCUAUCGAAGAAGUGGGCGAGAUAAAUAUGGUCCUCCUACCCGCACAGAGUACAGACUUAUUGUGGAGAACUUGUCAAGUCGGUGCAGCUGGCAAGACCUCAAGGAUUACAUGCGCCAGGCAGGAGAAGUGACAUAUGCAGAUGCUCACAAGGGACGAAAAAAUGAAGGGGUGAUUGAGUUUGUGUCUUACUCUGAUAUGAAAAGAGCUUUGGAAAAGUUGGAUGGAACUGAAGUCAACGGCAGAAAAAUCAGACUAGUUGAAGACAAGCCAGGUUCUAGACGGCGCCGGUCUUACUCCAGGAGCCGGAGUCACUCAAGGUCUCGCUCUCGAAGCAGACAUUCCCGGAAGAGCAGAAGCCGAAGUGGCAGCAGCAAAAGCAGCCAUUCAAAGAGCCGAUCCCGAUCCAGGUCAGGUUCCCACUCCCGCAGUAAGAGCCGCAGCCGCAGUCAGAGCCGCAGCCGCAGCAAGAAGGAGAAAAGCCGGAGUCCCAGCAAAGACAACAAGAGCCGCAGUCGCAGCCGUAGUGCUGACAAGAGCCGAAGCAAGAGUAAAGAUCAUGCUGAAGACAAGCUCCAGAACAACGACAGUGCUGGCAAAACCAAGAGCCGCAGCCCCAGCCGCCACGGCAGCAAGAGUCGGAGCAGGAGCAAGGAGAGGAGAACGGAGGAGGAGAAGCGAAGGAGCGUGAGCAGGAGUCACAGCCAGGAGAAGAGACGAAGCCAAGAGAAGAACCUCAAGAGCCGGAGCCGAAGCCGGAGCAAAGGGGGCAGCCGGAGCCGCAGCCGCAGCAAAAGCAAGGACAAGCGGAAGGGCAGGAAGAGAAGCAGGGAGGAAAGCCGAAGCCGUAGCCGCAGCAAAAGCGAGCGCAGCCGCAAGCAUAGCAGCAAGCGAGACAGCAAGGUUAGCAGCAGCAAGAAGAAGAAGGAGGACACCGACCACUCCCGGUCACCAUCCCGCUCAGUGUCAAAGGAGCGGGAGCAUGCCAAGGCAGAGUCUGGCCAGAGGGAAGGCCGGGCCGAGGGGGAGAGUGCUGGUCCCAAUCCAGAGCCCCGAGCCAGGUCAAGAUCCACUUCCAAAUCCAAACCUAGUCUCCCUGCAGAGUCACGCUCCAGGUCGAAGUCAGCUUCAAAAACACGCUCUCGGUCCAAGUCUCCAUCCAGGUCUGCUUCCAGGUCGCCCUCCCGAUCUAGAUCCAGGUCCCACUCAAGGUCCUAACUGACUAUGCCACACUGGAACUGCCGAGAAGUCUUUUGUACAUGUUGGUAGCCGUAGCACAAGAGUGAAGUAGAACACCCUCACCGCUGUACAUUGAACUCCCCUAAUGGUGUGUCUCCAAUUGUUCAAUCUCAGUGCUUCCUCGGUACCACCUCCUGGCGCCAGGCCUCCCGCUCCACUGAAAAGCAGCUCCUCAAACCUCCCUUUACUCACAGCAGGACAUCCAAACGCCUUGGCUCUAAGGCCUGGCCACGGCUAAAGGGAGCUCAGCACCCCGACGGCUUCUCGGGCUGGAAUGAUGGCAUAGGUAGGUGUGGUGAGUUCAACUGUUUUGCCCUUGAAUUGAUGCCCUUUGAUGUAUGCCACGUAGUGAAAGUGCAAGUCUUCAGUUUCCCACCACUUUGGUUUCCUAUUUUUGGACUUAACAACGUUGUGAAUAGCACAGUCAAGAGAAAUUGAUACUGCAUAGCCCAUAGGAAGUAAACUGUAGAGCUCCAUAUUCUGGUAUUGUGAUUAUAUUGUUUUAUAUUAAAAAAGAAAAGAAUUUUUUUUAAUUUUAUUUUUCCCCGUCUUGCAAAGUAUAGUGACCCCUGUUUCCAUUAAAUUUGAAUAAAGACUAUUUUUGCUUGA